AUGGCUUCCAGGUCACUUCUGGAUUUGACCCCCCAGAGCCGAUGUCCCGCGUUUUUCCUCCAAGUGCUCCUUGGCGGACUCUGGAGCAGAUCUACUAGGACCCCUACCCACAGGAGAGAGAGUGUUUUGGUGGUGAUCAAUAACUACAUUAGAUUCCUCGAGGUUGCUUUUAUGAAAUCCACGAUAAGUGCCAAGAUCAUUGAGGCACUUACGCCCAUGUUUGCCAGGUUCGGUUUUCCAUUUUCUUUAAGGACAGAUAAUGGCCCCCAAUUCGUAUCCGAAGAGUUUGAAGCCUUUUUACGUACGAAUGGUAUCCAGCACCAGAAAUCGACACCGUUGUGGCCUCAGGCCAAAGGAGAAGUGGAGCGACAAAAUCGCUCAUUGCUGAAGUGUUUACAGAUAGCACAUUUGGAGGGAAAGAACAGGAGAACUGAGUUGCUUGUAUGGUUGAUGACGCACAGAUCCACUCUGCAAACGACGACGGGGACUACACCCUGUUAUAUGUUUGGCCGCGAAGUUAGAUCCAAACUGCCAGAGCUAAAAAGAGAAACAGUUGGUGUGCCAGGUAAAGAAGUGCGAGAGCGUGAUUGGUCAAGUAAAUUAAAGGGAAAAGCUUAUGCAGAUCUCAAGAGGGGUGCCAUGCCUAAGAGCUUACGUGUUGGCAACACAGUUCUUUUGAAAGCAGAAAAAACUAACAAGUUGUCUUCCAAUUUCAACCCUGAUCCCUUUAAGGUUGUUCAUAAGACAGGGUCAGAGGUAACGCUUAGGAACAAGGCUGGUAUUGAAAAGGAACACUGUUUAAAAGAAGUACAAUGA